UGGAUGUACAAAACAUUAAUGAAUUGAUGAAAGAUCGAUUUGAAUGAAAAGAAGUGAUUUAAAACCAGAGAGAGGACAGGACUCUACUGACUAAAGAUCCUGUUGACAAUUUUGCAAAACUGCAAACCACAAUGAACCUCAACUCAACUCAGACCAUCAAUUCCUCCAUUUCCUGGAUAAUUUCUUCAACAACUAACUCUGCUACCAAUAUGUUUUCCACGGCUAGCCUCUCCUCUAGCAACCGGACCUCCUGCGACCAACAAAAUGACACUUUCAACUGGGUUUUAGUCAUCUUCUACUCGCUGUUUUUCAUUUUUGGACUUGUUGGGAACCUCUUUGCAUUGUGGGUGUUCAUUUUCCUCCAAGCAAGCCGAAACUCAGUGCGCAUCUUUCUCAUAAACUGCGCCAUAGCAGAUUUGGUGCUGCUAGCUUGCUUGCCUUUUCGCAUUUUCUACCAUGUCAAAGGAAACCAGUGGUUGCUGGGGUCGGUAGCAUGCAAAACAGUUGGUAACUUGUUCUAUAUGAAUAUGUAUAUUAGUAUUGCACUGCUGGGAUGCAUAAGUUUGGACAGAUAUUUGAGAUUAAGAGGGAAAGGGAGAGCGAGAAGAGGUGUACGAAUUAAUUUUUUUGGUAGAAGUUGGCCAUGGAGUUGGGUUGUUUGCACAUGUUUGUGGACUUUUUCAAUUUUGGCUAUCAUCCCAAUGAUCGCAACCCCAGAGGACAAAGAAACUGGCAACAAGUGCUUUCAUUAUAAACCACGCAAGGAAGCAAAAGGCAAAGCGUACUUCAAUGCUCUUUUGGUUAUAAUGUUUUGGCUAGUCUUUAUAAUUAUGAUGGUGUCCUAUGCGAGAGUGGCAGCGCAGUUGCUCAAAGUGUCAAGGGAUAAACCGGAUUUACCAAACGCGCAAAGAUAUCAGCAAACAGCCAAAAAAUCAUUCUUUGUUUUGUUUUUGUUUACUAUAUGUUUUGGCCCAUACCAUGCGUUUCGUCCCAUCUACAUAGUAUCACAGCUGAACGAUAUCUCCUGUGACUAUGUACAACUCAUGAACCAAUCCAAUGAAGUUAUGCUUUUGUUUUCAGCCUUUAACAGUUGUCUCGAUCCAGUAAUGUACUUUAUAUUGUCGGGAUCUGUGAGGAAAACUGCAUUUAAAACCAUUGGGCGCAGAUUCAGUACUAGGCUAAUGUCGCUAAACGAUGCUACAUCCAACAGUUCGACCAUAGAUUACAGAAGACAGUCAGUGCCAUUCACUUUGCCCAUAAACGACUCCACACCUCACAACAGCGGGAAUGGGAAUAGCACAAGGAAAACCAGUUUAGUGCCAGCUCCCCCUUCUGGACACAAAUAACAACUCCAACAAAUUACUAAGAGUGUACAUUAAAAAUCCUAUAUUCAGCUAUUUUCUGAUCUCUGUUCUAAUGUUGUUUCCUCAUCACCAACACAUACCUGGAGUUUUGUUUCAUUCACACAUAAACCCUGCAUUUUUAGGCUCAGUUCUUCUCUUAAACAGAAAACACUGUUCCACUGUUCCACCUUGUGAUGUCAAUACAGGAAGUGCUCCACUGUGUUUUUAAACACCUUACACCUUCUCUAGAAUCAUUUGGAUGAUUUCAGUCCAAGAAUUGCCAAUCUCUACAGAACCAAAAGUAAAGGAGCUAUUGAAAUGUGAAAACUACCACUUCAUGACAUGACAAGGUGGAACUGUUUUGAGCUUUGGAGAUGUGGACAGACAAAUAAAGUGUUACUCAAACAUGUGUGAAUGAAACACAACUACAGGUCUGUUUUUGAGGAGGGACGAAAGCUCACGAGUUCAUUAUAUAUAUAAAUAAAGGGAAUAUAUUAUGUUAUGUAAAUAACAACAAGUCCUAUAUGAAUUGUUUCACGUGUGUACUUCAGUGGCAGCUCCCUCUACAGGACACAAAUAACCACUGCAAUGAAUGGACAAUUAAUAACUAUGUAAAUUGGUAUUGUUUUACAUUUUUCUAACACCUCAAUGAUUGCUAACUGUAAAAUAUGGUUUGUUCCUUUUAUUCCUCUUAACUUAUUCCAGUUUAACAAUAAGAAUUGUAAUGUAUCACAAAUUACAACUACACACACUUUAUAUGAAGUUCAUAAACUACUCUGUCAAAUGU